AUUUAUUUAUGUUAAUAAUAUACUUUUCUCUCUCACUUUCCUUCAUUUCUCACCGUGGCGAUCCGAGUUGGUAACUCAUUGAUCAAAUCAAACGAGUUGGCCAUACUGACUCGGUGUUACAGGCGGCUAUUCCUCAUCUCGCCACGCCAUCAUACUUCUGCACCCAAUCCAAUCCAAUAUCUCGCGAUUUCAUAACUACCUACCACUUCAUCAUUCUCUCUCUCUUCCAACGCACUUCAUCAUCAACUUCAACUCACUUUAAUUUUCGCUCUGCGUUGAUUUUCUAGAUUCUGCUUCCAUAAUCGUAAUUUCAAGAUCUUCAAUUCAAUAUCUAGUUUCGGUUCGUUUGGAUUGAAUUCAAUUAGAGAGUGUUUAAUUUGACGAGGAUCGGUUCCUGAUAAUUUAUUUUUCAUCUUCGAGUAGAAUUUUGUAACCGGUGUUGUGGAUAUAGAGAGAUUUUGACGCCAUGGUUAGCGGCAACAUUUUUCACUGUAGAAAGAAUUCAUGGCCUACUGAAGAGUAUAUCAAUAAAACUACUUUACAGUUGUUUGAUUUUGAUAGUGCUGCUCCUCCUGAACAAGCUUGGAGAAGGAGAUUAAAUAGCCAUGCCAAUCUUCUUAAAGAAUUUAGAGUAACUUUUGUGGAAGCUAUAAAAAUGGUUCGAUUAGGUAUACGUAUGUGGUCAUAUGUUAGGGAAGAGGCUUCUCAUGGAAGGAAAGCACCUAUAGAUCCUUUCACUAGAGAAAGUUGCAAGCCAUCUGCAUCUCAAGGUGUUCCACUUGGAGGGAUGGGGAGUGGAAGCAUAUCAAGAGGAUUUAGAGGUGAGUUCAGACAAUGGCAAAUCAUUCCUGGUCUAUGUGAACCAUCGCCUGUCAUGGCCAAUCAGUUCUCUAUUUUUGUAAGUAGAGAGGGAGGAAACAAAAGUUUUGCAUCAGUUUUGGCUCCUGGUCAGCAUGAAGGUUUAGGAUCUAGCAGGAAAGCUGAUGAACAGGGUAUAUCAUCAUGGGGAUGGAAUCUAAAUGGCCAGCACUCAACUUACCAUGCUUUGUUUCCAAGAGCUUGGACUGUUUAUGAUGGUAUUUUCAUUUUUUGUAGUUCUUUUAUUCUAAAUGUGUAUUUCCUUACAAAUACUUGUGUAAUAAAAGUUCUGAUAUUCUUAGGCGAGCCAGACCCAGAACUGAAAAUAUCAUGUCGGCAGAUAUCCCCUUUCAUACCACAUAAUUACAGAGAAAGCAGUCUACCUGCCGCUGUUUUUGUGUAUACGUUGGUAAACACUGGUAAGGAAAGAGCUAAAGUCAGCCUUUUAUUAACUUGGGCGAAUUCCAUUGGUGGAAACUCUCACUUGUCAGGAGAUCAUGUGAAUGAACCUUUCAUAGCUGAAGAUGGUGUCUCCGGCGUACUUCUAUAUCACAAGACAGCGAAAGACAACCCUCCUGUUACCUUUUCUAUUGCUGCAUGUGAAACACAGAAUGUUAGUGUUUCUGUUUUGCCAUGUUUUGGGCUAUCUGAAGGAAGUAACGUAACAGCAAAAGGAAUGUGGUCUAAAAUGGUGAAGGAUGGGCAAUUUGACCGGGGAAAUUUCUCUUCUGGACCCAGUAUGCCCUCAUCACCUGGAGAGACACUAUGUGCUGCUGUUUCAGCUUCUGCAUGGGUGGAACCCCAUGGAAAAUGUACUGUUGCAUUUAGUCUUGCAUGGUCAUCUCCUAAAGUAAAGUUUGUGAAAGGCAGCUCUUUCCACAGGAGAUAUACAAAAUUUUAUGGGACUUCUGAUAGAGCUGCAGUGGACUUGGCUCAUGAUGCAUUGACACAUUAUAAAAGGUGGGAAGAAGAGAUUGAGAACUGGCAGAAUCCUAUUCUUCUGGAUGAAAAGCUACCAGAAUGGUACAAGUUUACAUUAUUUAAUGAACUCUACUUUCUUGUUGCUGGAGGAACAAUUUGGAUUGACUCUGCUUUGCUAUCUUCAAAUAUGAGGAAUAGCCAGGAUCAGGUAAAAGAGCCAGAAAAUGCAGUAGUCCGAAUAACUGAAGCUAAAGUGGACUGCAGAAAAAGGGAAGUUGUCGAGUGUACAACAGAUAGUACCUAUGAUUCUACGGACUCUAGGGGACAUAAUCACUUGGAUGAAAAACAUUAUAGAGAUAUAUCCCAUGCAAAUGGAUCUGUGAAUAGUCACAGAAAUGGAAACUCUACUAACAGACUGCACAGUUCAUCGAUAAAGAACCUACAACAAGAUGAUGAUAAUGAUGAUGGUGGAAGAUUCUUAUAUUUGGAAGGUGUAGAAUAUGUCAUGUGGUGCACAUAUGAUGUGCACUUCUAUGCUUCAUUUGCACUUCUUAUGCUCUUUCCUCGUAUUGAAUUAAAUAUACAACGGGAUUUUGCUCAAGCUGUCCUGUGUGAAGAUGGAAGAAGAGUAAAGUUUCUGGCAGAGGGAAACUGGGGAACUCGCAAGGUUUUUGGGGCUGUCCCACAUGAUUUGGGGACACAUGAUCCAUGGCAUGAAAUGAAUGCCUAUAACAUUCAUGAUACCAGUAAGUGGAAAGACCUGAACCCAAAAUUUGUACUUCAGGUGUAUCGAGAUUUUUCUGCAACAGGUGAUUUACAAUUUGGGGUUGAUGUGUGGCCUGCUGUCCGUGCUGCAAUGGAGUACAUGGAGCAAUUUGAUAGAGAUGCUGAUGGUCUUAUUGAGAAUGAUGGUUUCCCUGAUCAAACAUAUGAUACAUGGACAGUCCAUGGUGUGAGUGCUUAUUGUGGUGGUCUUUGGCUUGCUGCUCUUCAAGCUGCAGCUGCAAUGGCCAUUCAACUAGGUGACAGAGAUUUUGCGGAAACAUGCAAAAGGAAGUUUCUGAAGGCUAAACCAGUAUUUGAACAAAAGCUGUGGAAUGGUUCGUAUUUUAAUUAUGACAGUGGCUCAAGUGGUAACAGUAAAUCCAUUCAAGCCGAUCAAUUGGCUGGGCAAUGGUAUACAGCAUCCUCAGGGCUGCCCUCUCUUUUCGAUGAUUUCAAGAUCAAAAGUUCUCUCCGGAAGGUUUAUGAUUUCAAUGUGAUGAAAGUUAAAGGUGGCAGGAUGGGUGCUGUGAAUGGCAUGCAUCCCAAUGGUAAGGUGGAUGAAACCUGUAUGCAGUCUCGAGAGAUAUGGACAGGUGUGACCUAUGGUGUUGCUGCAACAAUGAUACUCGCAGGAAUGGAGGAGGAGGCCUUCAAAACUGCUGAGGGUAUAUUUCUUGCAGGCUGGUCAGAAGAUGGAUACGGAUACUGGUUUCAGACUCCAGAGGCAUUGACAAUUGAUGGGCACUAUAGAUCCCUCAUAUAUAUGAGGCCGUUGUCAAUUUGGGGCAUGCAAUAUGCAUUAACUCUUCCAAAGGCAGUACUUGAGGCCCCUAAAAUCAACUUCAUGGACAGAAUCCACCUAUCUCCUGUCAAUGGAGGAUUACAUAACGAAACAGGUGUGAGAAAGAUUGCAACGAAAACAAAAUGCUUUAGCAAUUCUGUGUUUAAUUGCGCUUGCUGAUUGUUAACAUGUAAGCACAUGAAAAUUUUGUAUAGGUCUUCACAUUGUAUACUAAACCAACCCUCUCGUAGAGAAGCUGAUAAAAAUGGUGGUCAAGGGGGCGGGGGUUCAGUUGUAACUUGUACUAAUAUAUAGCCUGUAAGUUCAAAGUUCAAUAAUUGUAGAUACAUUUUACUGUAACUGUAUAUUCUUAUUUAUUAAAGUUCCCAAGAUAUAAUCAAAAUUCAUCGCAUGAUGAACCGCGACAUUAUUGGAACUCAAUUGUAUAUGAAUUGAUUAUUUCAGAAACCUAUGAUUAUUUCAGAAACUUAUUCCUUCAA